UUCCCUGCUCUUCAGGGUUUCGCGCCGCAUGAGAAAUUUCGCUUCCCUCUGCUUCUCUCUCGACUUCGUUUGUGAUUUGGUCGCUCUUCCCUCUUCAGGUGUCGCGCUCCGCGUGAGAAAUCUCGCCUCUUCUUCUUCGUUCUACCACCGGGCCAUGGAAGUUGACAUGGUUAGAAAGAGAGAUCGAUUUUGGGAAUAUGCUGAGCAUUUGGAUGGCAGAUUUAAGUGCAAGUUUUGCGACAAAAUAUUUGCCGGUGGUGUUCCAAGAGUUAAAUCACAUUUAUCUGGAAUUAAAGGCGGUGGUAUAGACAUAUGCACCAAGGUGCCCGAAGAUGUUCGAGUUGCCGUUGCUGAAGCAAUUUCUGGUUCUGCUAAAAGAGCCAAGGCUGAAGCCUCUUCAGGUAAGACCGAAGAGACUUCGCCCAAAAUUCUUAUCAGUAAUGAAAGUGUUAUGCUGGAUAAAUUGCUCGCUAAGUUUAUCCUCUUGAAUGAUGUUGAUGUCAAUAUUGUGCGGAGGCCUUCCUUCAUUGACUUUGUGAAUGGCUUGGCUGAACAUGGUUCCCAUUAUAAGUUGCCCUGUUGUUCAGUGGUCAAAGCAGAGUUAGUGCCUGAUUUGGAAAAGGAAAUUGGAGAGUAUGUGGCAAAUGUGAAGAAAUCAUGGGAUAAAACUGGCUGCACAAUCAUGUUCGAUAUUUGGUGUGAUAAGGAGAGAUCCUUCAUUAAUAUCUUUGCCCAUUCUAUUGAAGGGAUGGUACUGUUGAAUGCGUUGAAUAUCCACAAUAAUGAGUUAACAAGUGUUUUGCUGCGUGAGAUUGUAUAUUUUGUCACUCAAAAAAUAGGGGCCGACAACAUCGUGCAGUGUAUAACCAGCAGUGUUCAAGUAGAAGGGUUAUUUAAAAUUAUGCCAAAUGACAACCAUUCCCAUGUGUACGAGACUAAUUGUGUUGCCCAAGAAAUACAUUUACUGUUUGAGGAUAUUUACAAUGGAAUCGAAUGGGUUCGAAAGACAUUUGAUCAAGCAAGAGCGGUUGUCAUUGAGAUUAACAAGCACAAUGGCAUCUUAUCAUCGAUGAAGCAGGUCACAAACAACCGGGAGUUGAAACAAUCAUCAAGAACAAAAUUUUACUCAAGCUAUUAUAUGCUCCAAUCAAUCAUGGGGGUUGAAAGUGAGCUGCAAUUGCUUGUUUCAUCAUCUGAGUGGCUUUCAUCGAGCUUUGAGAAGCAUGAAUCGGGCGAAGAAGUGGGCAAACUCAUUUGCAGUUCUGAGUUUUGGAUUGAAGGGAAAGAAGUCUUGCAUGCUCUAAAAUCGAUAUUUCAAGUACUUCGUCUUGUUGAUAGCUACGGCGCUACUUCUGGGUUCUUGUAUGCAGCUGUGAAAAUGGCAGAUGAGGCUAUUAAAAAAAUAUAUGAGACGAAUGUACAAAAGUAUCAGAGGUUAUGGGAUAUUUUCCAGCUACGGCAGAGUCGUAUCAUUCAUCCAAUACAUGCUGCUGCAGCUUUUCUUAACCCUGCUUACAUGUGUAGCGAGAAGUUUAUAGAGAAUAAUGCAAUGAAACAGGGCAUCUAUUUCAUAUUGGAAAAAUUGGUAGCUGGUGAAGAAAAGGAAAAAUUUUUGCAAGAUAUGCUGCUCUAUUGUAAGAAAGUGCCAGAGUUGUUCACUUGUUCAGCAAUGACAAUGUUACGAACAUCUCACCCUUGUGACUGGUGGGACUAUUGUGGCGAUGCCCUUCCUGUAUUAAAGAAGUUUGCAAUUCGAAUCCUAAGCCAACGCUGCAGCACUUUGUCCUGCAGGCAGAGUUUGAGUGCAUUUGAAACUGCUCAGGUCGAGAAGAUGGAGCCAUUGAUGCCUGCAGUGAAGGACAAUUAUCUAUAUUUGAGGAUAAAUGCGUUACUGAUGGAGAACUUUAACACAAUGAAAGGCAAAAUUAGGAAGCCACUUGAUCUUGAGAAACUCGGUGAACUUCCUGAUUGUACAGAGUUUAUCAAUGAGAAUUUUAGCCGUGAUCUAUUGAACGCAACAAAAGUUCCUUUAUCAGAUGGAAAGCUAAAUUGUUGGUCUGCAUCAAUGAGAAAAGAUGGUGAGAGUGAAAAGCAUUUACGUCUUCAUUUUAUAACUAAACUACCAUCGAGCCUAGUUAAAGGUAAUGAGGUUGAGGGUGAGAGAGGAGCUCCUAUUCAUGUCAUCUUGGUAGAUUCCAGUACAGGUAGUGUCGUGCAAUCUGGACCCUCAUCAGUGCUGAAGUUGAUGGUGACGGUGAUUGGAGGUGACUUCGAUGAAGAAGCUGGUAAAGAUUGGACUAGAGAGUACUUUGGGAGCAAUGAAAUAAGGGGGCGAGAGGGGAAGAUACCACUCUUGACUGGUGAUCUCUCUAUGAUCCUCGAUAGAGGCAUGGGAACAUUGGGUGCUAUCACUUUUAAUGACAUAUCGAGCUGGACAAGAAGUGGAAAAUUCAGGCUUGGAGUCAAAACUGCCUUAAGUUAUUGUGAAGGAAUCCGUGUCCAUGAGGGCACAUCUAAUGCCUUCGCUGUGGAAGAUGCCAACACUGGGAAAAGUAGGAUCGAAUCAUUGGUUGAACCAUCAUCAAUGGAAGUCACAAAGCAAUUGUUGUCAUCAAGGCCACAUUGCCAAACUGGGAAUGCGUCUCCUGUGGUGAGCAGGAGUUUCGGUGAUGCGCAAGAAGCUGCUUGCAGCAGAGUAAAUGAUGCAGUUUCAGUCGCUCCUGGUAUGCGAAGAUGUGAGAAGAACUGCAGGCUGAGUUGUAUCAAUGACUUGAAGCCUGACUCGAAUAGACCAGCAUUUUCUCUGGAAGAAGAGAACCUCAUCUUUCAGCUUCAUGCUCUUCUUGGCAACAGAUGGUCUGAGAUCGCAGCUCGGUUACCAGGAAGGACUGACAAAGAGAUAAAAGAUUUUCUGGACCUCUUCCCUCAAAAAGAAGCUGAGGCAAAGAGAUGA